UUCAAGUUCAACUUAUGCAUACACGCAUUACGCAGUGGACAAACGUGUCCGACACAAGAUAGCACACCCCCCGCACUGAUUUUGGAAGCUCGAUGUAUCAACAGCAGAAAGAGUCCCAGUGCCAAAACCGGCGGCGUUGAAGCCGCCGCCUGGUUGAGAGCUCUCCGAAAAGCUUUCGCUUUGUCUAUGUAUCCUCUUCGUCCGUGGAGUAUUCGAGCUGUGGAAGCAUCGGAGACGCAACAGCUAUCUCCACCCAUCGGCCAUGAGGGCUGCCCGCGACAGGACGCUGGACAUAGACAGGGUCAUAGAAGGGUUAAUGCGUGGUCGCGGUGCGGCCAGUAGCGCAGUUUAGGCUUGUAGACCUCGAAAAGACCAGUCGUCAGGCCGCCUGAACCACUCUAUUUUCAGUAUAUUCAAAUGAUCAGUGAAAAUGAUCAGUGAGGGGGCUUGUAGACUAUCUCAGACCCAUAAUAGCUGGUUCUUUUACCUCUGUACUUCUCUGUCCCCUCCCCAAUGUGCGACCUGCCGGCUCACUUCAGCUCCUGUGAUUUUCCCACAAUUCCCACAAGCACGCAAGCACACCACAGCACACACACCUACCUUUGCAUCAGAGGCUCUCUAGGUUCGGGCGAGGGGACCUUGAUAUAAUAUCCCGCUGGCACUAACGUCUUUUUAUUGGCCACCGGGUAGCGCGGUCGAUGCGAAUAAUGAGGACACACCUACCUAUUGACUUGCCAACACCUGGCGUGGAGGGAUACAGGGCGGCAACUCCAUGGCAUGCCACAGCACCAGCAUGUACAAAUGAUCAAUCAAUGAUCUGUCGGGACGCCUGUAGACCCAAAAGGGUUAACAAGACCUGUGGGUAGGCUUAACAAGACAGUCUGGUAGCCGUCGUUGUGCAUCUCUCUGUAUGCUUUGCUGGAAAGUUGUAGAAGGAAGCCUAUCUUUGCAAAUCAGCAAGCACACCGCCCCUUCGCAAAAGCGAGGAAGCAGUAGUCAAGGGCAGCAGCAACAGCGCAGCGGUACAGUCGAACCUCUGUUAAGGACGCACAUCGUUGUGGAUAUUGUAUUGCGUCCAAGCGUCCUUAACUUUCAGGGUACGAUCGGUCACCAUCCCCGGGGUCAGCGGAGGUGUUUUAUGCCUUAAACGACGCGUAUUUUGCAGGAGAGGUCAAACCCACGACUCGACAGCAUAAAUGGGGCGACGAGAACCCGAAGUUUUCGUGAAACCCAUGGCUGUUACAGAAAUAUCCCAACUUCCCCGAUUGCGUAAUUUAUCCGACGAUGUGCUGCACGUCUCGGGUCUACCACAACCACUCACUGCCGUCUUCCUCUUCGCUCGAUCCGUCAUCGAUUUGUACGUCGGCGAGGCACUGCUCUUCCACGUGGAUUUCUAGUUCUAUCCAUUAUUCCAACGCCUCCGGGUCGUCCUCUACACCGAGCCUCUCUGCUGCCCGGAACCGUCGUUGCCGAUGCCUCGACCACAACCAAUGCAUCACCCGACCACAUGGGCACCGGUGUGCAUUUCCGUUACGGCGGCAGAUUUCUUCGGGUAUCUUCACGAGGCGGGGAGUCGGGAACGAAGAAAUGGACUUGAGACGAGGCCCGAGGCUAUCUCUAUAGGAAAACACACGCGCACAGCCUCUCCCAUCUAUGAUCUGGACGCCGGGCUACUGCCCCUACCUUCGGAAAAUCCGGGAGUUUUUGACACUCGAAUCACGUUCCUGUGAGGCCUUUCAGCGCCGUGGGGAACCUCGUUGAUCAUGAUCCCAUCGACCACGGAAGGAUGGACGGAAGAGGAGCACAACGGGUUCCUCCACGGUCUCGAGGUGUACGGCUACGGAAACUGGGACGCUAUCGCGGCCUUCGUUCCCUCUCGCAGCCCGUCCCAGAUCGAAGCCUUCGCUCAGCAGUUCGUUGCGCAAGGCGAAGCAGUUCAGCAUCCUCAGGCAGCAACAGCCGCGCAGCAUGGCUCCGUCCAGGGCAUGUCCUCCGUUUCACACAGUGGGGGCGGGCACGGUGGGAUCGAGAGCUUCCUUGAGGGCAGUGCGGACGGGGAAGCGUCGUUCGCGCACAUAAGGCGGCACCUCGGUCCAGUCCCCCAAUCUUCGGGGUUAUCCCAAUGCAGUGCCUUCGUUCACAACGGCAGCGUCAGCGGUUGCGCUUUCCCCUCUCACGGUGCUUCCGGCGAGCUUCCGGUCCUAAACGGCGGUGCUAGCUUGGAGGGACAGGACAAUCCGUGGCCACAACAGCAGCAGGAGCAGCAGCAGCAACAACAUCUGCGCAGUCAUCGUCGUGUGUGGAGCCGGCCAGGAAGAUCGACCGCGGGUGCGCCCCCAGAGAACGACGAAGCGGCGACACUCCAUUUCGAUGCCGAUGAAUACUUCGGUCUUCUCUAGGUUGUGCCGCCCGCCGGGGUGGCUGUGGAAACUAAACAGCUGGUGCUUGCCGAUGCAGGCACCGUGUGUAACGUAGAGGGCAAGGGAUGGUGGUGGUGGGGGGGUUGAUCGGCUACCUCUGGCGACAGACGGAUACGAUAGCUGUACUUUAUUUCCUGGCCGGAAACGGUUGGGGAGGUGGCGCGCACAUCGUGCAGGUACUGCGUGAUGCUCCCACAACCCCCGUGAAUACUUUUUUCAUUGCGUGCUUAUUUGGUCAGCGCACGUAACACUUACAAUUUAGCCAAACCCAAACAUGCAUGUGGGUCAUUGUGUCAUAUUUGGGGAGGUGGUCUGUUAUGUUCGACUCCCGUGUGGAGUUUCAUAUCGCGUUUUACACAACCUAUACGCUUCAGCGUGUUCUACAUUUUCCCGUUAUUUUUACGUGAAAGACACAAUCAUUCUUGUUUGGUUUCUUUUGGCCAGCGGAAAUGGCCGCGGUAUGACUGAUUCGUGCAUGUAUCCAUUGUAAACAGAGCUCCGACGGGGCGGAACGCGAAGCAGUAGUAAGUUCCAUUGAAGUGGUUCUUUUUUUGCCGUCGCCCACGGGGCGGCAUCAUUUCAUGUUUCGUGAUUGUACAAUGAAAUGUCGGGUGUAUUUCGAUGGGAGACCAUGGAGUCCCUGUCGGGGAUAUCCCUGAUUUGUGUAUGCCGUAUGUAGCAGUAGGCAACAUUGUGUAGUUUCGCGAUCCAUAUCACAGCAGUAGUAAUGACGUAGCGGCAACCUAAACCGUGCACUUCAACAGCAGUAGUAUAUUUGAACGGUGCUUUCGAAAGAACGAGGCACAGACGGUACCCAAGAGUCUUGUGUUUCAUUUUCAUGACGGGGACGUUGCUUUGGUUUCUCGGGCGUCCCACGGGUGGGCUAUUUUUUGAUGUGUAUGACGUUCUUUUUGAUACUAUCUCGUACACUCUCCUGAAUUUCUUGAAACCAUUACAGUGAAGGUGGUACGAUCUGUUUGCUUGGCGCUACCCCUACGUGCCCCACUCAGUAUCCUAGAGGGUGGGUUUGUCAAUCGUGCAGACUGGUGUGCGCACAGUCGGAGCACGGAGAAGCUUGCAACGAAUAAUGCAGCAGACUUCGAUGCUGUAUCAUCUAGAUUGUGUCACAGUAUCUUAAAUUCGUCGUUUCUGCGGCACAGCGUAGGCUGGGGUU